AAGGACGGCAGCUGGGCGGUGGGAGGUGAACACUGUCCUUCCCUGGCUCUGCUUAAAGUGGAGCCUGGCUCAUCCCCCGCUCUAACACAGCGCCUGAUGAGAGCGGCGGUCCUCACUCCCGUUUGCAAGGCCGACGUGAACGGUGCCUCGCUCCAUGCUCUCACCGGCGGCGUCUCCCAGCUCCCCCCAGCCUGACGCUCAACGGGUCGGGGGCCAAGCAGGUCAGUGAGUCCGGGGUCGUGAACAGUGACCGCAGUAUGGAGAAGAGUUUACAUUUGUGUGGCGCACGGCCGGCCGGCGCUCGGCUGCCUCUCCCUGAGCCGGAGUGCUCCAGAGCGGCAGCGGGGAGGUGCCCCUCGGAGCUGCCCCUCUCCUGCAGAGUGCCGCCGCUCCUCAAUACUUUACUCAAGAAGAAACACGCGCAGAGGAAGUUGGAGGUGAGGAAUCUCCGAGCGCUGGGGUUAAUCCUCACCAGCUUGUUACGGUCGGACAAACUGAGCGACGGGGUGUUCCUGUGCGGCAGCUGUGUGGAAAAUCGGACCGGUUUGUUCGAACCUUUGAAAAAGGAUUCGAAGGAAACUAGAGCGUGCCCGAUGUCAGGAAAUGAUGUUUCCACACUGAUGCCAUCUGCGGGAAGUCCUGGCCAGAUGCAGCCGCUGCCGGCGCUGGAACACGAUGGCCAGGAAACUGGCCUCCCAGCUGAUCGAUCCUUUGCCACAGAAGCAUCAGCUAUUAUCUCCACGGCUGCAAACUUGCUAUUCCAGAACCCAACUUGCUAUUCCGCCCAAGAUGCUAUCACCACGGAGCGCUGUAACAACACAGCCCAGCCGCAUGUCAACAACUUCUGUCAGAGCUCCCCCUCUCACGACCUACUGCCCAAUGUGAAGGCCGAGAAAGAUGUAAAGACUGGCAUUUUUCAGGAUAAGAGCGAGGAGGCAUCGAUUGACCUUGUCUUUGAUCUUUUGACUCAGUUACAGUAUCACACUCAUCAGGAAGAUGGAAUAGAGAUAUGUGAUGAAUUUUUGCAGGGAAUUUGUGUUUAUGGGAAUGACUGUCUGAAACAUCACACAGUUCUGCCUUAUCACUGGCAGCUGAGAAAUAUAGUAACUCAGACUUGGCAGGCCCUGUCUGAUGAUGCACAAGAACAUUUAGAAAGACUGUACUGCAAUCCUGAAAAUGACCAAGUCAAACUUCAAUACCAGGGUCGUGUUUUCUCACUGGAUUUUAACUUGAUGACAGUUUAUGAUGCAGAAUUCAACCAAGUGAGGAGAUUGUCCACUGUUUCCUUGGCAAGUUCCAACUCUCAAUUCCACACAGUUUGGAAGUACUAUUGCAGGGAACACUUUGGAUGGAGAGAGUAUUCUGAGGCCGUUGUUCAGUGUAUUGAGGAAGCCUCAUCCCGCGGAAUGAGUGAGAUCUGCUUCGUUAUGCAGCAAAAUAGAUAUAUUCUGAAUUUAAUGGAGGGCUUUCAGCAGAAUGCUGUAUUCGGCACUCGGCAACGAAUCACUCGGCGACCCUUGUUUCGCUCUCGUGUACUGCUGUUACCUUGUUUACAGACUCUAGCUGGUACAUUAGGCGGUCUUGCAAAAUUACCAGAUGGAUCAGUUGCUCGACAAGCCAGCUUGCCUGCUAUCUCUUCCCAUGCAAAACUCUAUCCUGAAACAUGGAUUUCAAUGGAACUAUCAGAAGAUUUUAUUCAAGUGCCUGUUUCCAUAGAAGACAAAAGCUAUAGAACUGUAUAUAAUCUUUUCCACAAAACAAUACCAGAAACCAAAUUUAGAAUUUUAAAUAUACUGAGGGUACAAAAUCCGUAUCUUUGGGAAAAAUAUAAAAGGAAAAAGGAGUACAUGUCACGAAAGAUGUCUGAAAUGGACAAGAUCCUUAACGAAAGACAUCUGUUUCAUGGAACCUCCCAGGAUGUGGUUGAUGCCAUCUGUAAACAUAAUUUUGACCCCAGGGUGUGUGGAAAACAUGCCACCAUGUUUGGACAGGGCAGCUAUUUUGCCAGAAAGGCAAGCUAUUCUCACAACUUCUCUAAGAAGUCACAAGAAGGUGUUCAUUAUAUGUUCUUAGCAAAAGUCCUUAUAGGGAAGUACACAUUGGGCAAGCCUUCGAUGCGGAGACCACCACCACAAUCUCCUACUGACCCUUCCAGUGAUUUGUAUGAUUCAUGUGUGGAUAAUCUGCUGGAACCUCAGAUUUUUGUCAUCUUUAAUGAUGACCAAAGUUUCCCCUACUUCAUUAUUCAGUAUGAAGAUGUUGGAAAUACAGUCACUGUUUGAUGAACAAUGAUUAACAGUAAUUAUAAAGAAAGACUGGAGAUACUAAAAUGAACUCAUCUACACUAUAGACUUUGAGGUCUUUAUAAAUAGAUUUACAGGUAAACUACAUGACUCUCUCAAAUUACCACCUGAUGUGAGACUACUGCAAUUGCAAUUCCUUGACCAGUGUAAAUAGCAUAAUACAUUGCCUUGAAAAUGUUCAGAUGUUAAUGUGCCUCUGUUUGUGAAUGAGUGAGUGUGUAUUUAUAUUAGAAAACAUGUUGCCCAUUUUUAAUUCUGAAGUAUUUGAGAAAGUUGUAUACUUGACCUGAAUACGACAGUUUUAUUCUUGAAUUGUCAGAAGCUGAAGUUGUGAAAUUAAAUGUUGAGCACUUUUUUUAAACCAAAGUUUUAUACUGAAAGACAUUACUUGUGAUCUCAAUGAGGUGAAGCAACUGCCACAAAUACAAGGGAAAAGUGCAUUAUGCUUACCUUACUUGCAGUAGAUAAAAUUUGCCACAACAGUCAUGUCAUUCACCACAAGAAAGGAAGUCCUUACCGUGAGAAAGAACCAACUGGGCCUUUCUCAGAGCUGUAAAUUGUGGUGACUGCACUCCUGAUCUCUGUCGCAUUCUUCACUUCUCAAUCUUCUAAAAUAAUUUUCUUGGUUCAAUUUUCCUCACCACCAAUAAAUUGAGACCAACAUAUUGCAGUGUAAGAAAGACCGGAACUGUACAGAUACAUUGUGUAAUACAUUAUUUGUAAAUCAAGAGGAAAUAAAAGGUUUAAAAAUGAAAA